UUCGCAUAAUUUGCCACUUUUCACGACGAUUCGCGUGCAUUUCCCAAGUGAAAAGUACGCCCCAGUGUCCCGGGCAGUGCUGGGCGUGAUUGCGGCGUGUUGCUGGUGCCCCGCGGGGGUUUGCUUGGCCGGAGGAGGGAAAAGCCGAUGUUGCUGAUAGGGCGCUCCAUGACAAAGGAAUUUCAUCGCCUGUUUUGAGCCAUUUGCCACUUUUUGCUGCUUUCGAGGCCGCCCAGGGCGUGCAUUCCAUGGCAAUGUGAGGUCGCCGGGAGUGCGUGUGAGGACAGCAGGGGACUAUGGAGUGCGAUGUGACACCCGAGCAGGCGGGUGGCGGCGUUGCCGAGGACGCCGGAAGUGAGAUCGUCAAGUUCACCAUCACGGAAGUGCCGGAGAAGGAGGAGGUCAUCCUGUCGGAGAGUCUGGAGGAUGCAUCGGCCGUGCAGUCCGAUCCGCCGGCCGCCAAGGUGCUGCCCAGUGAGCCCGAGGUGCCAGAAUCCACGCCCAGGCGUGCGACGCUGCAGAGAGUGGUGGCAACAGCCAAAGCGUCUCCUGUUGCGCCAGCGCCAAAGGUCAUUAAGCAUCAUCACAGUUUGCGUCGCUCAGUGCCGAGGAUCAUCAUGAAGUCGAUGAAGGGUCAACCGGAAACACCGCCAACAUCGCAAGCGUCGACAAUGCGUGAGGUUCUGGCGUCGAUUCCGGGCUUCAGCGUGAAGCCGCGGCGGAGGAACAAGAAGAUGUCCACGGCGGCUCAGCUGGAGCAGACGCGCGAGGGAUGCAUUGACCUUGAAACGCCAGACUCGAUUCUGGUGGGCACGAAUUUGCGCGCGCUGCUGAACAAGCACACGUUCAGCAUACUGCCGCCGCUGUAUCAGCACAAGCUGGUGCAGUUGCUGCCGCAUGUGGACAGGCCGGAUGAGCAGGGUGAGGCGAGCACGUCGAAGGAUCCGGGUGGGAUCAGGCUGAACAGUUCGAGCUUGAACAAUGAGUUCUUCGCGAGGGCGUGCCUGGAGUGGCGUGAGAGGCUGGCCGAGGGUGAGUUUACGCCGGAGAAUCAGUUGAGGAUGAAGUCUGAGGCGGAGAGGGACAAGCAGCGUCUGGAUCCGUGGAAGCUGAAGCACUUUGAGCCAAUGUGGGGCGACAAGGUGGGCAAGAAAGGCACACCGAUGCCGGCCAGGCCGUCUCUGAAGACGACUAUCAAGCUCAAGCCUACGGCGACCAUUGCCACCAGCACGACGGCAAUACCGGAAGAGGAGAAGCCCGUCGUGGAGCCACCGCCGACGCCACCGAAGCGCGUGCGAACGGUGGGCGCGGUGACGAGGAGCACCACGGGCAGCUUGCACAGUCAGCAGAGUCCGAGCAAGAUUUGCAGCCCGCUGCCGGACCUGCUGCCCAUUCGCACAAAGGCGACACGCGUGCCGGCCGUGGCCAAGGAGGCCAGAGAGUCAGUCACUGUGAUAUUGAAGGAGGAGGAGCCCACGCUCAAGAGAUCGUCGCCAGUUGUAGCCGAGGAAGGGCCCAGCAAAGUGAUGAAGCCCGAGGAGACGACAGACUCUCUGGACGGCCCAGAAAUCCCACCGAGUGUCGAGGAGGAGGUGUUGAAGGAGGAGCCGAAAGAUGAGCCGAAAGAUGAGCCCAUGGACGUACCCGAGGAGUGUCCGGCUGUCCACGCGACAGCAGCAGCAGCGGCGGCGGCGGAGGAGAUCCCGGAGGAGAAGGCGCCGGUGAAGACGAUGACACUGCAGGAGCACGACUACGUGGAGUCGGCUGUGCCGAUGAUUGUGGAGGAAUGCGUGGCGCAGCAAGUGCCGGAGGAGGAGGAGGAGGAAGAGGAGGAGGAGGAGAAGCCCAGUGAAGUGGAGAUGAUGGAUGACGACGAGGAGACUGUCACGACGUACAGUCUGGAGGAGCAUCAGGAGAAUUUCGAAGGAGUGCUGCAGAUUCAGCCCAGCACUCUCAUUCUGCAGACAGACGCUCUGCCCUGCGCUGCGGAUGAGGAGAGUCAAUCGAGUGCUUCUGUGCUCGCGGAUUGUAGUGGUGAGAACAGUGUCGAUCCGGCGGCUGUGGAGGAACUCGAACCCACGAUUCAGAACAUCCCAAUUGAUGUGGUGGAUCAUGAGAAUAUCGAGCAGACGUUUACAGACGCUGAGAACUACGUCUUGGAGUCCGGAGAGAUUGUUGCUGACGAUGAAGGCUCUGGAACUCUGUCAAUUGGCCCCAAAUUGUGCAGUGGCGAGGACAUUCAGGCUGAUUUGUUUGCUGCGGCUGUGGCUCGAGCACUCGAUAGUAUUCCAACGUCCGUGGCGAUGACAGUCGUCAGUCCGUCGGAGAGUACAGAGGUGAUUCCCAUGCAGGAGACGCUGGAGUUGAGAUUGGAGGAGAGCACGUAUCAGUUGCCAACACCCUGGUCGCCGGCGGACGGCGCGAGUGUGGCGUCCACGGGUGAGAGUAGCAGCGGAAAGAUGGAGACGACGCCAGACACAUUCAUCGUGAGCUCCGGUGGUGAAUCGUCCAGUGACACGGGCGGAUGUGGAGCCAGUGCGUUGGUCAAGAGCGAGUCCAUCAUUCCCUUCUCGGCAGCGUCACAGGUGAAGUUGGAGCUUGAGGUGAAUGUGACGCCAGAGGCGGAGGUGAGCAGCACAGUGCAGAGUCAGGUGGACAGCGAUGCCAGCAGCAAUGAGGGCAGUGUGGCCAAGAGUGCAUCUAAGCAGAUACCGACAGUCUUCCCGCCCACAACAAUUGUCUGUCUGCCGACGCCAGUGACGACUGCGCCGCUGGCCAAGACGCCACUCACGAUUGCGCCACCCCAGCAAAGUUCUACUGGCGGCGGCCAGAAGACUGUCACGCAUGGCGGCAAGUUUCCCAGCACGAUGAUUCUUACAACGGCGGGUGGUCAGAAAGAGAGUGCGUCUGUGGCGCCAAUUGUCGUGGCGGCGGUGAAGCAGGAGCCAAUUCCCACGCCCAGAGCCGCUGUUGUCGCCAGCUCUAGUUCUGUGCCCUUUCUCAGUCUCACGGCGGCGCAGCCGCUGAGGUCAGUGUCGAAUGUGGUGAGUCAAGUGACGGCGGGACGUGGGAAGACGCCCCAGGCGCCGGCGGCGAAGGGUGGUGGCGGCCGGAGAUCGCAGAGCAAUAAACCGCCGCCGGGAGCGGUGAAUCUGGAGAGGAGCUAUCAAAUUUGCCAAGCUGUCAUUCAGAACAGUCCAAAUAGGCAUCAGUUGAAGCACCAAUUGCGACCGCCGCCCUCGAUGUUGGCCGCCGCGGCGAAUUCCGGCAGUGACAAUUCCAAUUCGUCCGAGUCGGGAAGCAAUAGUGGCGGUAAGAAGGAGGAUCAGACGCAACACGGUGUGGUCACGUCGACGAAUCGGACAGUUUACAAGAUUCAAGGCAAUGCCUUGCGGACUGGAUUGCAGAAGAAGACUUUUGCCCAGAGACAGACAUCACCAUUGCUCGUGCGACAAGUAUACACGUCGAAUUCUAACCAAGGAAGUGGAGGCAACUUCAUCUCUGUCAUUCCGUCAGGUGGGAAUCUUCAGCAGUCACAGCAGCAGCAAAUUCUCCAUGCGGACGGACAAUAUGUUCUGGUUCAGCGUGCGGGAAUUGACAAUGCAUCAAUGCCGAGAGCCUCAAGUGCGCCACCAGCACAGAAUCAGCAACUGCACGGUGUGAAUGGCAUCCCGAUCAGCAGUCGUGGUCGGCCGGCGUCUGUGGAAGUGGAUUCGCUGCCUGAGCAGCAGAUGAUCCUCGUGGGGCCGAAUCCGGGCGUGCAGGCGGUGACACGCCGCGGACCGAAUCAAGUAUAUGGCGACAUUAGCAUGGAUCCGUCACUGCAGAACUUCGGCCUGGCCGGCGAAGGAACGCCGCCAAACUGCUCGUGCUCGCUGAAUGCGAUGGUCAUUUGCCAGCAGUGCGGCAAUUUCUCGCACGCUUCCUGCGUGGGAACGUCCAAGUUGUGCGUGGCGUGCGACAUUAGAUGAGAUGGAUAUAAAGACAGUCGUUAGGCGUCGAUCUAGAACUGUUAAGGCGAAUUCUGUGAAUUGCUCAUAAUAAUUCUCAUGUUUUCUAUUUCCAUCUGUCCUGUGUUCAUCCUUUCAUUUCUCUCUUCACGAUGUGAUUGAUAAAUCACAGAAUAACACAUUUCUUCACACUAUUUUCUAUUCUUUAAGUCACGUUUGGUUUUUUUUUUUUUUGACUACUCUGCCGGAUUUUCUAGUGCAUUUCUCCUUUGCGUCCUUUUUGAGCGGGAGAGGGGGAAGAAUUCACGCACAAGAAUUGAUAAAAAAAAAAUGCGUGAGAGAUGAAGAAAAGAGAUUCUUUUGUGACACUGAAAAGUCACAGUUGUAAAUAGGAAAUGAUAGCGUGUAAGAUUGACUAUUAUGAUUAGAUUUAACAUACGUCUUACUGUGUAACAAAACAUAAAGGGAUAGAGAGAGAGAGAGCGAGAAGAAUAAGAGGAGGAAAGAAUUUAUCUUAAAUCUUAUGUGAAUUUAUAUUGUAUAAGAUUCGGAUUAGGAGUGUUAGACGAUGCAUAUUGAAUUUAUUUAUUAAUUGCAGCCUAUAUUUUUUACACACUAACUCUCAGUUUUCUUGCUGUACUAAAAAAAAAAGAAGAAGAGUAAAACAAUACUUGAUGUGAAAAUCUGUAACCGUCGAACUCACGAGUUCUUUCAUGGAUAUAAUGCAUAUGAUUAAGAGAGCAGAAAAAAGGAGUGAAUAUGAAUGGAAAAUAAGAAUGUAGCGAUAGAGGUAAGAGGUACGUAAUGCUGAAAGAUUAUUUAAACGUGAAAAAUAACCUAUGAAAUGGCAAGAAAUGCACGAAGAAUGAGAGGGAAAACUAUAAAUUUAAGUACAAUGUAAAUAUGCAGGAAGAGAAUAUCUAUAUAUAUAUAUAUAAUUUUUAAUGGACACAGCGAUAAAGAUAACUCAAAGUUGGAUUGUCAUUGGAUGUUAUAAGUGUUGAAUAAGCGCGCGACUCUCAGUGGUAUUUUUUUUUUGCAAGAAAGAUCAUCCGCUGUGAGCUCGAUUUUGUCCCAUCCAGAAGCGAUUAAAGUGAGAGGCGAUGGAAAGGAAAGAGAUCCAGUAAAAAAUAAUAAUGUAAAAAUUUAAUGAUUUUUCUCCCUUAGAAUUCCUAUUUUUUCUAUUAUUGAAUUUUCAUCAAUCUUAAGGAAAAUGUGAUUUGAGUAUAUAUAUAUAUAUAUAAAUAUUGAAGAAAGGAAAUAAAUUUCUCAAUGGUAAA